AUGUGCAAACAGUGGCUAUGGUGGCUCAAAGGGAAGCAGCGGCUGCUCCAUGGAAACACGCAACUUAGUGAUGUACUUUUUGUUUCUAGAUUUUGUUCACUCUCAUUAAAUUUUAAGCAAGAAUAUCCACUACCCUACAAAAAGUUCUUCCAACAAAUAUUUUUGUGUGUGCAGCUAAGAUCAAUCUUCCUAUUCAUUCAUUGCACGCUGUUAUUCUGCAGGACCGGCGAAGCGCAAGGUCAUGUACAAGGGAUAAGCUGGUCAAUGAAGGAAAUUCUAAAAGAAAGCGACUACAAGCAACAUUUGAAGGUACAGCCUGUAUUAUGUUACUUCAGAAAUUAG